CGGGAGCGGGCGGAGCCUGCGGCGAGAGGUUCUCUGGGCCGGGCCGCGCUGCGUCGGAGGCCGGCGAGAUUCGGUCCUUCAGUCGGCGACCCUGUUGCGGGGGCGACGGGUGGCGCAGGCCUCCUAGGCGCUGAGUUGGGGUAGCGCAGAGCCGCUCGGAAGGCCUCGUGCCGCCUCGGGCCAAUUCGGACCGACUCGGCUCUGCACUUCGGGCCGCUUCGGCCCUCCUCGGUUCCGGACUCUUGGCCGUCGGCAGGACUCGACUGGGCCGCUUCGUGCCGGUUCGGCCCCUGUUCGGGCGGCCUCGGCUCGGCGGGGCGGACGGCUUCGGGCAGACUCGGCUCGUCUCGGCUCGAGUCGGGCGGCCCUGCUCGCGCGGCGCGCUUCGGGCUCCGUCCCGGCCUUCGGGCGGCCCCGGCCGGCGCCUUCGGGCGGGCUCGGCGGAGUCCGGAUGGAGGACUCGGACUCGGCCGCCAAGCAGCUGGGCCUGGCCGAGGCGGCGGCGACCUCCUGGUCUGUCUCCCCAGACUGCCACCCCGAAGAUGGCUCCUGUGUUGCAGAGGUGACCACGGUGACCGUGGCCAACGUGGGCGCCUCCGCAGACAACGUCUUCACCACGUCCGUGGCGAAUGCCGCCUCCCUCUCAGGACACGUUCUGUCUGGCAGGACGGCGCUGCAGAUCGGGGACAGCCUGAACACUGAGAAGGCCACGCUGAUUGUCGUGCACACGGACGGGAGCAUUGUGGAGACGGCCGGGCUGAAGGGGCCAGCUGCUCCGCUUACGCCAGGCCCUCAGUGUCCUCCAAGUCCUGCGGCUCCCGGUCAAGAAAGAGGCGGAACCAAAUACAACUGGGACCCCUCAGUGUACGACAGCGAGCUGCCCGUGCGCUGCCGGAACAUCAGCGGCACGCUGUUCAAGAGCAGGCUGGGCUCAGGAGGCCGGGGCCGAUGCAUUAAACAGGGGGAGAACUGGUACAGUCCGACUGAGUUUGAAGCCAUGGCAGGAAGAGCCAGCAGUAAGGACUGGAAGAGAAGCAUUCGCUACGCGGGCAGGCCAUUGCAGUGCCUCAUUCAGGACGGGAUCCUAAACCCUCAUGCUGCCUCUUGCACCUGUGCCGCGUGCUGUGAUGACAUGACCUUGAGCGGUCCGGUCAGGCUCUUUGUCCCCUACAAAAGGCGCAAGAAGGAGAACGAGCUGCCCACAACCCCCGUGAAGAAGGAGCCCCCCAAGAACAUCACGCUGCUUCCCGCCACAGCUGCCACCGCCUUCACCGUGACCCCCUCAGGACAGAUCACUCCCUCGGGCGCGCUGACCUUUGACCGGGCGUCCACCGUGGAGGCCACCGCUGUCAUCUCAGAGAGCCCAGCCCAGGGCGAUGUCUUCGGAGGAGCCACCGUACAAGAGGCAGGUGUGCAGCCCCCGUGCAGAGUUGGCCAUCCGGAGCCCCACUAUCCGGGCUACCAGGACAGCUGUCAGAUCGCACCAUUUCCAGAAGCCGCGUUGCCAACAUCUCAUCCCAAAAUAGUGUUGACCUCUCUGCCGGCCUUGGCGGUCCCACCCUCCACCCCCACCAAAGCCGUGUCUCCUGCAGUGGUCAACGGGCUGGAGAUGUCGGAACAGCGGAGCUGGCUGUACCUGGAAGAGAUGGUCAACUCCUUGCUCAAUACGGCACAGCAGCUGAAGACGCUGUUCGAGCAAGCCAAGCAGGCCAGCUCCUACCGAGAAGCCGCUGCGGCCCAAGCCAGAGUCCAGGCAGAGACGGAGCGAAAAGAGCAGUCCUGUGUCAACUGUGGCCGGGAGGCCCUGAGCGAGUGCACCGGCUGCCACAAAGUGAACUACUGCUCGACCUUCUGCCAGCGCAAGGACUGGAAGGACCACCAGCACCUGUGCGGUCAGUCGGCAGCCGUCACUGUCCAGGCGGACGAAGUCCACGUCACUGACAGCGUGAUGGAGAAGGUCACCGUGUGAGGUCCCUGGGUCCCCCCUCCAUGGUGCCGCGGGGCUGCCGUGGGUCAGGGACUUUGGGGGACAUUGAGGAGAAGGUGAAAACACUUGCUGGUCAAGUUGUUAACAGACUUUAAGUGACCUGCGCCCUUGAAAGUGAGCUCCUGCCGCCCAGAAGCCCUGAGGGAGGUCGGGGCAGCGGCUGGUGGACGCAGGCCCCGGGCCCUCGGCGCCUUCUCACGGUGCUCUUUUUUAUCCCCUGGAUCGCGAGUGUCCAGUCUUACCCACAGGUGUGACGUGUGUGGUAACACACGUGUACAUAACAUGUGUCUGUCAAUAAAGUUGACCUCCCUGCCCCCCGGGA